AUGUCUCUCAGCGCGGAAGCACCCCCGGUACUUCGCCCGCCCUAUGAUCCAGCCAUUUUGGUCGCCUUGAAGGCCUUCGAGAAUGCGGGGUUUGGCAGUCUCGACGAAAUUCGAGCCCAGGCAAUAGGCUCAGCAGAAACAGUGCUUGAGAAGUUUCCCAACCUGGGCCAUACAGAACACACACUCCCAACUAUCAAUGACAGCACUGGCCACAUGGUAACUCUAUCUGUCUUCAAGUCAGCGUCAUCGACCAAUACUUCCCGGCCCGCUGUCUACAUUGUCCAUGGCGGUGGACAGAUUGCCGGUAACCGCUUCACUACCUUACCCGCUGUGUUGGAAUACUUUGAGCCUCUCGAUAUCGUGGCAGUCACGGUCGAGUACCGUCUGGCCCCUGAACACCCUGCCCCUGCGGCUCUCGAUGACGCCUAUGCUGGUCUGAUUUGGACGGCAGACAAUGCCGCAAAACUCGGCAUUGACCCGACAAAGAUCAUGGUUCUAGGUGGCUCUGGCGGUGCCCCUAUCGCUGCAGGCUGUGCCUUGCUCGCCCAUAGAAACCAGAGCCCGAAACUCCGCGCGCAGAUGCUCCUAACCCCCAUGAUCGAUGAUCGUGGCGAGACCGUUUCCGCCAAGCAAUAUGAAAAUGUUGGGCCGUGGUGCGGAGCGACAAAUCUGAUGGCAUGGGACUGGGUUCUGGGGAGUGCUAGAGGCGGGCCGGAUGUUAGCGAGCUCGUUGCCCCAGCGCGGGCCACAGACUUGACAGGUUUACCGCCUACAUUUAUCGACGCUGGAGAGGCAGAGGUCUUCCGCGAUGAAGCCGUUGCGUAUGCAUCGAAACUGUGGAAGUUUGGUGUCUCCGCGGAGCUUCAUGUCUGGAAAGGUGCCUUCCAUGGGUUUGAUCUGAUGUCAGGAGACUCACCGGUGGCACGUAGCGCAGUGGCUGCCAAGAUAUCGUGGAUCAAGAGAGUCUUUGAACUCGGCGAGUAG